AUGGAUGUAGAAGAUGAAACGAUUUGGUUGGAUUGUACGCCGGGAAUACAGUCAAUCAGAAGACAGAAGAUGAAGACAUAUUACCAGUUAGUAGCUUUAGCCAUCUUUUUAUCUCUCGGUACAAUAACCGAGCAAGCAGAGCCAGAGCGAUUGUGUGGUCGCAACUUAGCCAAUGCCUUAGAUUUGGUAUGUUAUGAUAGAGGUUUUCAUUGGGAAGUUAGCAAACGAUCAGAUAUAAACCAUCCAGCUAAAAGAAGGAACAGAAGAAUGAUAGAUGUUUUUAUUGAUAAAAGAAAUUACCACGGUAGAAGAGGCGUUGUAGAAGAAUGUUGUUAUAUAGGCUGUACAUAUGAAACUUUAGAAAGUUAUUGUGCUGAACCAGGCGAUGAAGCUCUAGUACGACCAGGGAAUCGUUUUCGAUUAUUGAUGGGAAGAACGACAACCCGUCCCACUGUUCCAGCUGCUACCCCUAGACCACCAGUUGUAACUACACCGGGAGUCCAUUUCCCGUCUGCUGUCUUUAAUUCUCAUCCAAGACCAGGAAGCCGAAAACAUCGUUAUUUCUAUGUACAGUUAGGUACACGACCAACGAGAAGUCCGUUAAUAUAG